CGUUGCAGCCUUCUCGAUCCCCUGAUCACCAUCUUCUCAGAGACACACCGCCUGUUGCUUGUUUUCUUCACAUUAAUUCCCUUGCUCUAAUGGCGGUGAACCGCUGCCGCUUGUCUAGACAAGUUGUCCUCGAGAGGCAGUCCCUCUUUGAUCAGGGAUUCUUGGACGAACAAUUUAUCCAAUUAGAGGAGCUGCAAGACGAUGCUAAUCCUAAUUUUGUGGAGGAAGUUGUCACAUCGUACUACCAGAAUACAUCUACAGUAAUCGUUAUCAUCGAGCAGGCAUUGGAGAGGAGCCCACUUGAUUUCGAUAAGCUCGAUAGCUAUAUGUAUCAGCUUAAGGGAAGUAGCUCAAGCUUUGGAGCCAAAAAGGUGAAAGCCGAGUGUACACUGUUCAGGGAAUAUUGUAGGGCAAAAAAUGAAGAAGGAUGCAUGAGGACUUUCCAACAACUGAAGAAAGAAUAUGCCAGCCUAAAGAGGAAACUUGAAGCUUACUUUCAGAUAGCAAGACAACCUGGGCUCACCGCGACAGCAUCUCGACCCAAGUAAGGAAUUGACAGAAGGAAGGCUGAUAAGGAUUCUAUCUGUUAAAUUAUCAAGUUUGAUCGAGGAAUUUGUACUUUUCAUAUGUACAAAUUCACGAAGUGAAUGUUUUGUA